UUUGUCACAUUUAAGUACCAAGUUUUCGCUUUCGAUAGACUUGUAACAGCUAUAAGAGUGCCGUCAUAUAUGUACGAGUGCUGACUCUAACGUUUGAAGCAUACAACCCACACCUCAUCCAUACCGAAGCGAGCAUCAGUGAGUUUACCGCUAUCUUGUAAGAGACUCGAAGGUUUGGGUCCGAUGUGUAACAGGCGAUCCGAACAUCCCUUCCAUUAGACAUUUUGUUGAUGAUAGCAGUUUGACAAAGGCCAUGGACAUCACAAAAUCAUCGCCGACGAGGCGCAAUAGCGAUUCUAUCAACUUUCUGGCUAAUAUUUCAGACUUUAGCAGAAGUCUUCACCUCGCUUCGUUGCUGAAGGAUGGUUCCCUGAGAGAGGCCUACGCGGCAGCUAUGACGGACGGUCAGCUACCGACCAACCGAGCCCGGGUCCUGAUCCUCGGAGAGCCUCGUGCCGGUAAAACCAGUCUUCUGAACCGGCUCAUGGGAAGGGAGUUUGACAUCCGGGAACAGCCGACCGAGGGGAUUGAGACGAACAUGUGUCAAGUGAUUAACGUGGACAAACAUUGGAACGAAUCCGAAGGCGCCAAAGCAGAUGACAUACAGCAAUGUGCCUCAGUGGUGACUGCCCUUGGUGAAGAGUCGUCGGCUUGUAAAGCAACGACACUCAGAUCAGAGAAAAUGGAUACAUCGAGCAAGAACGACCCCACACAAUGGCACACGUUGCCCGAGUUAAUGAAGAUGGGCCUACAGCUAUUUUGUUUGUUCGUAGUUGUGUUUGUAUUUGGUAUGUUCAAGUACGGGUAUACGGCAUUUGUAUGGUGUACAUUUGGGGUACUUACCUUGAUGCACAACUACAACUUUGCCUAUCGGUUCGCAACGUAUAUAUCUUUGUUCUGCAUUCUCUUCGACGCAAUAAUCAGACGAGAUGGUUUGAUAGAAGCUUCGAGCUGUCAGGAGGGCGUGGACGGGUUUUUAAACCAGACAGUGUGGUCUACUGUACAGAGCAAGGUGUUGGAUACGAUAAAUACCGUUAUGUUGGGUGCCGCCAGUGGUUUAGGUUGUCGUACAGGUGUCGCUGUUGCCUUCUCGGCGAGUCUUCAUCCAGAAGAGAUUAAGGCGACUGGAGAAGCUACUGCUGAGAGUCUCGUUGCCUCCUGGGACAUGCUGGUGGUGGUUGUGAUAUCAAGUGCAGGAGUACUUUUUGGUAUUGGAUGCUACUCUUUUUGUACAUUCAAUGACAGGUGGCAUAAAUACAGAACUGCCACGUGCUGUGGCCUUCUGGCGUGGCUACUUGCACUGAGCCUCAAAAGAGACUGCAGAAACAGACGCUACUGGUUCCUGUUUCUGAACGGAAUUAUGAUGUCAAUCGAAGCGACAUGGGGGACUUUUGUUGGUCGGAGAUAUUUACAUAAAUAUGGAGGCAGAGCUAGUUACAUAUCGAAGAAGACUUUGGGCUUCAUCUUUGGCCUGUAUUUGUCGUACGUCUUUGGCUGGACAAUGAAGAUACCGAACGCCAGUUUGCCGUCUAUAACAAUUUACCUUAUUUCCAUCCUGGCACAUCCGUUAUUUGAUCUUCACAACACCUAUAAGGUAUGGCGAGAAAAGUCAACCUUUCCCGUAACAACUAUCCGUGCACAGAUGACAGCUGUACUCCAAAAACAACCGGUCUUAGAGACCAAGCUGAGUUUAUGGGACUUUGCUGGAGACACUUUAUACCACUGCGCACAUCACGUCUUUAUGCCAGACAGAGCUCUGUACGUGAUCGUCUUCAACCUACACGCCGCUGUUUCUGACGAAGUUGGGCAGCUGCAGAAACUUCUCUUCUGGCUACAUUCAGUCUGUGCGCAUGCGCAUCAUCCAGAUGCUGUUAUCAUUAUCGUCGGCACUCACAAGGCAAGCGUCUCUAAAGCUAAUAGGUUACGUUUUACUGAAGAACUUCACCGUAGAAUCACAUCUCCUUUCUGUCAUCGGCUGGUUUUAAACCCUCUCGACGACAAGCCGUUGUUUCUCGUCGAGAAUUCCAAUUCCGAUGACAAAGACUUCCAGCAGUUGAGAGCAGAAAUAUUCAGACGGGUGGAGAGCGCCGAAUACGCUCAGGAAAGAAAUCCCAUCAAGUAUCUGCACUUCUAUCGCGAGAUCCAGAAUCGUCGAAAACUGGCAGAGAUUGAUUGUGCAGCUUACGUGAUGACCUUGGACCAAAUCAGCGACCUUGCCAGGGUUACCUGCGAUGUGACAAACGAAGACGACUUGAAGAAUAUGCUCCAAUUUUUUGGCGAGGCUGGAGAAAUCAUCCACAAAGAUGACGACGACAUCUUGCGAGAACAUGUCGUGUUGGACCCCCAGUUCUUAGUUGACGUCAUGAAGAAACUCGUGCGAAUCCCGCGUGGCUCUAAACGGUCGCAUCGCUUUGCUGUGGAUUGGAGAGAUUACGAAAGCAGUGGAAUUAUCACAGAGGGUCUGCUGCAACAUAUUUACGGAGACAUGUCCCAUCUUGUGCCACUUCUGACCAAGCUUCUGCAAGCUUAUGACCUCAUGUGUCCGGUGGCGUCCGUCUUCAAUCCAAACUGCUCCCAGAAGUCUUUCUUGGUGCCUGCCAUGCUGCCUCCUUACCGGGGUGAUUCGGUGGAGUUCGGGAAACCCCAGAGUAAUGAGGAGGUAUUUUAUUUCGACUUUGGUUUCUUCGAUCCCAGUACCGUCUACUACCGUCUACUGACCCGCUGUCUGACUAGGGCAUUUAUUGACCAGAAGGCAAACCCAAGCUCCCAGCCGAUGAUCUUCGCUGAUCGGAGCCGGUUCCACAUCGGCACAAACUUCAUUCUCAAGCUCCAGUUGGAAAGAUCCUGCCAGCGGAAGCUUUUGUCAGUCACCAUCUUGGCAUUUGAACCGAAGAUGCCAAACACAAACCUUUUGAAGGAGCUUGUAGACUUCGUCAGGAGCAUAACAGCGAGGGACUAUCCACAGUUGUGCUUCGAAUUCGGCCCUCGCUGUCCAUUCUGCGCGCUUGACGUCCAAUCGGUCAAAUCAAGCGUUGACCUCUCCAAGUACACAAGUGGAAACAACAGUUGCGACAAAGCAAAAAUCCACGUGCUGAAAGUGGCCGGGCAUGACCAACCGUUCCCGACAGAAUCCCCGGUUAUUCUGUUCUGCGGUCAACAGAGAUACGAACUGAAGCUGCCUACAAGUAAACCCAGUGACGUACACCGUAGUUGUUCCACGCUUCCUCAGAGGAUUUCAUUUGGACCAGCGACCUCAAUCACCAAGUUACCACCCGACCUCUUCGACAGGGUGUGCUUACGCCUGAACAACACGUCAGUCUUUAAUAACUGGAAAGUUCUGGCAGGAGAGUUGGGUAAAGACGUGGAGUCUGUAGCGUUGUUGGACAGCCAGCAGAUAACCAACCCCACCGAGUGUCUGCUGCGAGAGUGGGCGAUGAUUGACGGUCACGUGACGGUCAGCGACUUGCUGGAAGUCCUCGGUAGACCUUUACUUCAACGGAUGGAUGUCAUACAAGAAAUACGUACACAAAUGGCACAAGACUGAGGUGUGGUGGAAACAGCUGCAUUGGUCGCACUAGUUUGGUUUUAUACUAAGACCGAGCCCAUUACCGGCCACCCAACGAUUUCUCUGAAUUCCCAGUAGUGAAACUACAUGUACAAGAAACAAACUAUCUAGUGCAUAUAUUGUCAGUUUAGAUUGGAAUAGGUCUACUUUGAAAAAAGAAACACUCGUGACGAUGACCAGUGGAAAGUCGAGUGAAUACUCGAUCUAUAAAUUUCAAGCAUUCAGAGGUCAUUUGCAUUAUACGUUAAUAAUCUAAAGUUCUAAACCCACUGGAAAAAAAUCACCCCUGUUGAAUCUCAAAUGACACCUGAAUAGUCAACGUAAUGGGUUGAGUGAAUGUCACUGUAGGUUGUCUUGUGCGUCGUAUCAGUCGGAUGGAUGGUGUGAGUUUUGAAUAUUCUUUGGAAAGAAGAAAGCAAUUAUAGAAAAAUUGAAAUAAGAAAGCAAUCAUGAUAAGAUAAUAGACAAGUUUGAUAAACUCGUAUGUCGAGUGUUUGGACAAACCAAUAACUCAGAAACAUGCAGUCCUAGAAUCGUAUAUAUUUCGGCCCAUAUUUUGUAGAUAUUAUCUGCGUCACGUGGGGACGCUGCUUUCAUUACAUUAAUUGUGAUAAAACGAACUUGAACACACUUUUCAUAGAACUGUUUAUAUUAUACUUUUGUCGAAUGAUUUUGUUAAUCAACAGAGGGGGCACGUCCACUUUAACGGUGGAGCGCGCUGAUACAAAUUGUGAGGUCGUGAAAGGGCAUCAGUUUGGGAUUAUUUUGUUGGAGAAGAAGUUAUUCUCUGUUUCAUCUCCACAGUUGUAUGCUAGGGAAUUAUAAACACUUACUUUAAGUGUCUCACUGUUUUAUUUCCAAUCUUUGCUUCAUUAUGAGGGAGACGUGAUAUCCGCCAAACCUGACGAGUGUCAUACGUUUUGGCUAUACAGUAUUGGGGUUAACAUUUAUGUAAAAAUGCACAUGGUACAAAAUGUAAAUAUGCAUGUAGCAACAUAUGGCCCGGUUACAUACAUGUACAUGCACUGUAAUGCAUGUAGGCCGGUGU